AUGGACAACAAUGGUGCUCUCCGUAUCGCCGUGUUCCCCUGGCUAGCCUUUGGCCACAUGCUCCCCUUCCUCCAGCUCUCCAAAUCGCUAGCCAUGAGAGGCCACCGCAUCUCCUUCCUCGCCACCCCAAGGAACAUCCAAAGGCUCCCAAAGAUCCCUCCCCACCUAGCUCCACUCAUCGACUUCGCUUCCAUGCCGCUGCCAAAGGUUGAAGGCUUGCCGGAAAACGCCGAGGCCACCCCGGACCUACCAAAAGACCAGGUCCAGUACCUCAAGGUGGCCUUCGACCGCCUCGGAGGUGCCCUCGAGAGCUUCCUCGACGAGGCUUCUCCGAAACCCGAUUGGAUAAUUCUCGACUUCGCUUGCCAUUGGGUGCCAAAACUUGCCUCCAUGUUCGGAGUCCCCUGUGCCUUCUUCAGCGUGUUUGCAGCUCCAUUUCUUGCUUUCUGGCGACCGUCGGAAUCCAUUAGCCGCGGCGGUGACAACGUGCUCGAAGAAUUAACGGCGCCGCCCAAGGGGAUCUCCUUCGAGACCUCCGUAGCUUUUCGCCUCCACGAGGCCCGCCGAGUGAUCCGUGGCUACGUAAACAAUGCUUCAGGGGUGUGCGACGCCGACCGGCUUCUGUUGACCGUCGAAGGUUGCAAGGUCGUCGCUCCCCGGAGUUGCUGGGAAUUGCAUUCUGAUUGGCUGUGCUACCUUCAGGAGCUUUACGGGAAGCCGGUCAUUCCGGUAGGCCUGCUUCCACCGGCAACCGACGACGGCGGUGCCGGAGUCGAUGCUACUAGCAGAGAAAGCAACAAUGCACUCCGAUGGCUCGACAAACAAGCUCCAGGAUCGGUAGUAUAUGCGGCAUUUGGAAGUGAGACUGUGCUGAGUACUGAGAUGCUGCACGAGCUUGCUUUUGGUCUCGAGUUAUCUCAGGUGCCCUUUCUCUGGGUGAUAAGGAAGCCGGUCGACAUAGCCGACGAAGGCAGGGAGAUUUUGCCGGAAGGGUUCGAGGACCGAACCAGGGAUCGUGGAGUCAUCGCCAUGGGUUGGAUCGAUCAGCUCGAGGUUUUAGCCCAUGCGUCGGUGGGCGGCUGUUUGACGCACAGUGGCUGGAGUUCAGUCAUCGAGAGCCUUCAACUUGGGCAUCCUCUCAUCAUGCUGCCUUUUAUCGUAGACCAGGGGAUCAUAGCUCGAGUGAUGGAGGAGAGAAGGAUUGGAAUCGAGGUGCCGAGGAACGAGGAGGAUGGAUCCUUCAACAGAGAAGAACUGGCCAAGGCUAUUAGAUUGGUUAUGGUGGAAGAAGAGGGGAAUCAAUUCAGAAGCAAAGCGAGAGAUCUAAAAGAGAUCUUCGCCGACAAAGACUACCAUGAAAGGUAUGUGGACGAAUUCAUCCUGUGUUUGAGGAAUCAGAAAGAAGAUUAA